GCUCCAAGCGCUCAUAGAAGGUAUCUUUGGUCCUUCUCUUCCGUCGGGGCGUGGGCGCAAAUCAGCGAUAUGUUGAAGAACCUCGCUUUGAUGCGGAUUGUGGCUAGACGUUCCCCGGAGUGACCACACCAAACUUGCGCUCCUUUAUAUGGCCACUACAGUAAAUGUCACAAGGAUCUACUCGUCUCUGUCCUUGUCCCGUCCAUCGCAUUUCUUGGACAGCGGUGAUGUCAGCCUUUAUUUUUGCGAGGACAUCAACCAGCUGUGCAGCGGCAUCUUCCCAAUUAAGGGUCCGAACAUUCCAGGUGUAUGCCCACAAAUCGUAGUUCUUAUUUCGUUUGCCAUGGUCGUCAUCAAAAGCGGGGUCUCUCAUCCGAGGCUGUUUUUUCUUUUUCAUUGGUACUGAUUUUUACGUGGCGGGUCCCAAACCCAGCGCACAACCCUAUGUAGGGUAUGUUUCGCCUUCGAACGGAUGUUCUUAGGCUACCCAGAGGAUACUUGGUCAAAGACCGGAAGUAGUGAGCUGCUUGAGCCAUGUGUAAAAGAAUCAUUUCUGGCCACUCCCGGUCAAAGUGGGAAGAACAGCUGGAUUGCGACAAGCUACCAUUGUGGAAGGAUUGUGAAGCUACCUUAAAUAGGCGGUACCAGCACCUAUCAGCUGAAGGCGAAUCAUCUUCGAGGACGAGACCCAUAGCAGCAGCCAGCACGAACCACGUGAAGCAGCCUCACAUGAAUGGAACGAAGUCCGCUUUAGUUGCAGCGAAUACAAAGCAGCCGACAUGCCAGCAGUGUAAAUCGAAGGACAACUAUUUAACAGCUUGCCCCACUUUUAAAACUAUUUCUACUCAACAGAAAUUUGAGUUUGUCAAAUCGGUGCCCUUAUGCAUAAAUUGGUUACGUAAGGGAUCCAAAUGCAGAGCGGAUCGAUGUCGCGUGAGUUACGUCAGAGACUCCACCCAUUGUAUCAGUACAAUCCACUGCAAGCUAUUUUAAAUACGAAAUUUGAUAUUCCGUUCAAUUAGCUUCUUUAAUGUAUAAAAUGAUUAUUAAGCAAUAUAUCGCAAAACGACCACAGUAGUUGUUAAUUUUUAUUUACAUUUGCUUUGUCGCAACUUUGUCGAAAUUGAUAUCGCAUUCUAUUGCUUAUUGUUCUUUGCCACAACAAUGUUACAAAUCAACAUAUCUUGUAACAUUGUUGUUGCCAUUAUUUUAUUGAUUACAAACAAAUUAAAAGUGGUUGAACUCCGAAAUUAUUUUGAUGUUUACGUUAAAAUUUAUGAAUGAGUGAGCUAAGCAAAAUCUUUGUAUAAAAGCCAUGUAUUUCAAUUUUAUAUUAUUAUUCAAUAAAGUAAUAAUCAAGAAACCAUAACUCAAGUUUCUUUACUGGCGCAGUCGGUCGCGAAAUAAUUCUUAAGAAUUAUUGAAAUCGAAUCGUUUAUCAUUUUUUUAAAAAAGUGAUAUUUCAAACAAAAACUCAAUUAGGGAUUUCACAAGACGUACUAUUUGUCGUAUUUGGUCUAUUGCGCUAUUGUAAUACAACAGUUGUAAAAGUUUUGUUUUUGUUUCGCAAGUAAAAUUUUAAUAUCACAAUACAACUCUGAAAGGUAUGUUUGCCUUGCUAUUUGUGGAUGCUAUUCGAUCAGCUGUUUCUAUUUACAUUCUGAUUUUGUUAAUUUGUCUGCAGGCUAUUAGUUAAAAUAAUUAAAAACAAAAAUGGAAUCACCCCGAGAUAAUGACGUCAAAGCCAAGCGUAUCCGUUGCAACCCAACCCGUAAAUGGGCGGCAGCAGAAGAGAAGUCUCUAAUUGAGUUUCUGUUGGAAAAUCGGCAACUUGAGCCGUCCGCUCAAGCUUACUAUAAGCAGUUCUGCAUGGCAAAAAAUCUAACCAUGGAGUGGAAGCUUGUGCGUUCUAAAGUGCGGAACAUGAGAGUGAGCUACAACAAAGCGAAGACAUGGGAAGGCUCGACGGGAGCAGGUAGCAUGAGUGGCGAAACUAUUAAAAGUACUCUACUAAAAAUGUGCACUUUUUUUUACGAGCUCGAAGACAUUUUUGGGAGCAGAGUUAGUGAAUGUGCCGCAAUCGAAGAUACGAUUACGAUGCCGCUGAGUAUUUGGAUUUUGAAGGUGCUGUAGAAACUCAGAUAGCAGUACCGAUUGAAGAACCGGAGAGCUCCAAGGCCAAGGCAAGGAUUGUGUGUUACAUUUAAAUGGUAACGAAAGUUCUGCCGAAAUUAGUUGUACGCCAAGUACGAGCCGUAAGGGCAUAUACAGCAGAACGGGGGUUUCGGAAAUAAUGAAACUCCAAGCCGAAGUCAUUAGUUUCAAGAAAGAAAAACUAGAAGCAGAAUUGGCAGCAAGAGACAGGGAGUUAGUUAUAAGGGAAAGAUAAUUGGUGUUAAAAGAAAAGAAUUUUGAUUUGAAAGAAAGGAAUUUUAAAAGCGAAGAAAAGCUGAAAGUUCUUGAGCUCGAAAUGAAAGAGCGAUUAGCUAUGGAAGAGCUUAAGCUUAAAUAUAAACAAUUAUUUUAACGUAACUUAAAUGAUUUAAGGUAAUAUAGUGGCGAGCACAAAUGAGUAUAUGUACAUAUAGUGAUUUUUCUUACAAUAUUCGCAAUGCUUUUCAUGAUAAAUUUUUUCAUAAAUUUUUUAAACGAAUUAGUUCAAAAAGCAUAUAAAUCAAAAUUUCAAACAUUUUACAACAUUUAUAAAAAUCCAACAAACUCCCAUAUGAACUUUUAAAAAAUUUUUGAGUAAGUUACAAAUCCGUCAGCAAAAAAUGAUCUGAAAUCAACGGAAAUUUUAAGGCACUUGAAACUUGGCAUAAUAAUCUAAAAUAAAAUUUGUAACUUACUCGAAAAUUUCUUAAAAGUUCAUAUGGGAGUUUGUUGGAUUUUUAUAAAUGUUGUAAAAUGUUUGAAAUUUUGAUUUAUAUGCUUUUUGAACUAAUUCGUUUGAAAAAUUUGUCAUGAAAAGCAUUGCGAAUAUUGUAAGAAAAAUCACUAUACAUAUACUCAUUUGUGCUCGCCACUGUAAUAGAGUUUAAUUUAAUAUAUUGAAUUUGAUUUUGUUUAAAUUAAAAAAUGAAUUUCGUUAACUUAUAUUUUUAUUUAUACAUUCAAUUAAUUAAUGUUACGCCUGAAGUGCCAGAAAAUAGUUUUAAGAAACAACCGAAAGCUCUGUAAUAACGCUGCGAUAGUCCGGAGUUUAAAUAUGUAAACAUUUUAAUUAUAUAAGGUGUUCGUCAUAUCUAAAACAACAAAAUUUAAUGUAAUAAUUUUUUAUAAAAGUAUAGCUCAUUCUAUAAUAUAAAC